AUGAACAUUGAUAUGGGCCCUAUGAUAAAUGACUACUCGCAAACAGUUUCGCGGCUACCUGGAGGCGGCGGCUCCCUAAUGACUCCCAGCUUUCCGCGUCGAACGAUCACUCGAUCCGCGCUUUCUCGAGGACGCAGCCUCCGCGACACUGCUGAAUCACCUCCGCCUCCUGCCCCUCCUCUUCCGAUGAGAUGCCUGAACAAGGCACCUAAUUCCUUACGACGUCCACCGUCUAUACCGGUUUCGCCACCGUUGCAGUCUCAGCCGCAACCACCAUUCAGUCUUUCCAGCCAGAUUCUUGGCGACCUUACAACGACUAGCUUCCAACAAGGCAGACGGAUGCAACAAAUUGGCUAUCAUCUCAGCGAUCGCAUUUCUUCGGCUCGGCUGGCUAGCAGCCCAGCUAACCCUGCUUGCCCCAAUGGUCUGUCGCCUGAAGAACAUCUAUCUCUAAAUCCUUUGUCUCCAUCCUCACCUCUCAGUUUAGCCCCGCAUAGGCCUAAACCUGGUCAAUUGCUAAGAUCCGGAAUAAUCACUAGAGGGUCGAUGCCAGCAGUUCCUCUACUAAAGAAAUUAAACAAUGCGGAAACGUCGGCUGUAGGAAGAUCGUCCGGUGUUAUCCUAAUGAGCCCUCAAAGGAAUAUGGCUAAUCGUGAGGGCUGGCCAAAAGUUGGUCGACACAACUAG